UUACAACGCCAGUACAUUACAGUGCUAGUCAUUGCCCACUCUGAAUGUUAACGUGGUACAGUGACUUUGACCAUCUUUCAAUUUCGGGUUUUAGGAUUUUUUUCAGGCAGACAUUCUCCUCAACUUGCUCGAAAGGAUUGAAAUGUUACAGUUUAGGUUUUCGGCAGUGCUGAAGGAGUUGUUUCAAUCCAACCUAAAGCGCCCUUUGACAGGUAUUACAAGAAAUAAAACGUCGUUACCAAUCCAUUACUGCUCCAGCAACGCCUCUCUUGAUGUCCAAGUCAGCUUCAAAUUGAAGCUUCUCCAUGCCGGUGUCCACCGCCCUUUGCUUUGCGCCGCACCUGGGACCCGGACCUACUGCACGAAGACCGAAGGUGCUGCUAUACCUGUGACUGAAAGUGCUAUACCGGUGACCGACCAGGAGAAGAAAGAUGAGACUGCCAAAGAAGCAGCGGCGGAGAAGAGAAGGAAGGCAGGCAUCCUGCCCAGUCUGGAGGACCUGCUCUUCUACACCAUCGCAGAGGGCCAGGAGAAGAUCCCCGUCCACAAAUUUCUCACAGCACUAAAGGCCACGGGACUACGCACAGGAGAUCCCCGGCUGAAGGAAUGCAUGGACACCCUUAAAGUCACCCUGAAGAACACCUCGGACGGAGUCAUGCUGGACAGAGACCUCUUCAAGAAAUGUGUCCAGAGCAACAUAGUCUUGCUCACCCAGGCCUUCCGCAAGAAGUUUGUCAUCCCCGACUUCCAGUCCUUCUCUUCUCACAUCGACGAGCUCUACGAGAGUGCCAAAAAUCUGACCGAAGGCCAGGUUGGUAAUCAGCCCAUCCUGGGGGAGGUUGCAGACUACAUCCCCCAGCUUGCCAAAUUUAGCCCAGACCUGUGGGCCGUGUCUCUGUGUACCGUGGAUGGACAAAGACACACGGUAGGCGACACCAAGGUCCCCUUCUGCUUGCAGUCGUGUGUGAAGCCGCUGAAGUACGCCAUCGCGGUGCACGACCACGGCACCGAGUACGUGCACCGCUUCAUCGGGAAGGAGCCCAGCGGCCUGCGCUUCAACAAGCUCUUCCUGGACGAGGACGAUAAGCCCCACAACCCCAUGGUGAACGCCGGCGCUAUUGUUUGCACCUCAUUGAUAAAGCAGGGAGCGAGCAAUGCUGAGAAGUUUGACUAUGUCAUGAACUUCCUGAAUAAGAUGGCAGGAAAUGAGUAUGUAGGCUUCAGCAAUGCCACAUUCCAGUCGGAGCGCGAGUCAGGAGACCGGAAUUUCGCUAUCGGCUACUACCUGAAAGAAAAGAAGUGUUUUCCUGAGGGGACAGACAUGACGUCCAUUCUGGAUUUCUACUUCCAGCUAUGCUCCAUCGAGGUGACCUGCGAGAGUGCCAGCGUCAUGGCGGCCACCCUGGCCAACGGCGGCUUCUGUCCAAUCACGGGCGAGCGCGUGCUGAGCCCGGAGGCAGUGCGUGACACGCUGAGCCUCAUGCACUCCUGUGGCAUGUACGACUUCUCUGGCCAGUUCGCCUUCCACGUGGGCUUGCCAGCCAAGUCGGGCGUGGCAGGGGGCAUCCUUCUGGUGGUGCCCAACGUUAUGGGCAUCAUGUGCUGGUCUCCUCCACUGGACAAGCUGGGCAACAGUGUCAGAGGCAUUCAAUUCUGCACGGACCUGGUGUCUCUCUUUAACUUCCACAACUACGACAACCUGAGGCACUUUGCCAAGAAGCACGAUCCUCGCAGGGAGGGAGGCGACCAGAGGGUCAAGUCUGUCAUCAAUCUCCUGUUUGCCGCCUACACCGGAGACGUCUCGGCACUAAGGAGGUUUGCCCUCUCCUCCAUGGACAUGGAGCAGAGGGACUACGACUCCAGGACGGCUCUACAUGUUGCAGCAGCAGAAGGACAUGCAGAGGUGGUGCGCUUCCUCUUAGAGGCGUGCAAGGUGAACCCUGUUCCCAGGGAUAGGUGGGACAACACUCCAAUGGAGGAGGCCUUGCACUUUGGCCAUCACGACGUGGUCACCAUCCUCCAGGACUAUCAAAACAAGUACAACCCACAAGAGGCCCCCAAGAAGAAGGUCAAGGAGACGACGGAGAACAACCUGGACGGCCUGCUGUAAUGUAGCCUUGCGAGCCAGCAGGUGGCACCACGCUGCUUUUAUAUCAUCUCUACUAUACUAGACUGCUGUUUUUGUGGUGGGAUAUGCUUUUUGGAGUGACUUUUUUUUUUGUCGACUUUGUAUGAUGUCAAAUUUCUGAACUGUGUGUUUGAUUGAACGUGUGUUUUUUUAAAUAUAUUUUUUAUACUCCCUUUUACCGUAAGCGUUUUGCUUUACCUUUGUCGUGCGCGUUGCUCGUUUUGCGACCGUGUUGCUUACUUUUGCUGUAUCUUGUCUCUCUUCCAUCACCAAGUAUGUGUGGUGUGUGUUAGGGUCCCAAAUCAAAGUGCACAAUCUGAAUUGAAUCUUUGUGACAAUGGUGUAAAAUUAUAAAGUGAUAUUAUUAUACAUAUUCUCCUACAUGUAAAUUGUAUAUUUAUGUACUGUUGAAAGUUAGUUCAUUUCAUGAUAUCAAGAACCAAUACUUCCUGUAGUAGAUCAUCUAGCAGUUUGGUCUUCUUCCUGGAGGGCCACAAUGUCCAGUAAUCUUUGGCCAAAUCAGGCACUCUCUAUGGAGUGAUAUGAUGUUGGCACUAAUGUCACUCCGUACCAUUCUAGCUACAGUGCUUCUUUUAAUGCCUGGUUGGACAGUUAAAUAAACGGUGGGACAUGAUGGGCCACCACGAGGGUAGAGGCACUAUAUGGUCCUGUAGCCACCUUAGUCACAUGUAAAGGAUGCCAGAUGUUACCAGACUCCAUAUGCUUCCACUAAUCCGGGUUCAGACUUGUCUUUGACUUUUUAUCAACCCUACUGCAUAGGAACUAUAUGCGCUUUCAUUUCAAUAUCAUUUUUCUGUACUUUGACUUUGUUUGGGAAGAGCUCAAGACCCUCUUUAAUUUAUAUAUAUAUUUUUUGGUCUGUUUUUCUGUAUUUUCUCAUUUAUAACAGUGGAAUUGUACUUCCCUAUAGCUUAAUACUGUAUGUAAUGCGCACAACACAGGCGGUUGUCUGUUUGUAGAGAGGUCUCUAAAUCAGGAACUGCCGACACAACGUGGGUAUCUGCGUCCCCAUGAUAAAACACUAGUCUGCCAUCAUACAGAAUACUUUCUAUCAAACCAAUACAACAGGACUAAAGCCUACAAGUAAACCAUCUACCCACUCUUUAUCGGAAGCACUUUUCUGAAUGGAGGAAACCAAUUGGACAUGUUUUGUGUAAAAGAGCGGGCUAACGUGUUAAAUACAUAAACAUAUUGCAGUUGACAUGAAUAUUGUCAAAGAGAAUCCUCUUGGAUGUCAUUUUGUAUGAAUAGGCGUGUGCCUGUGGCCAGGAAUCAAUUUCCCCACAGUAGUUAAGAUCAGCUGGUGUGUAAAGGACCAUAUUACACAAGAUAAUCUAGGCUUAAUUCAGGAUUGGAAUUAUAGCGUAGUCAUAUUCCAUUUAAUUUCCAAAGAGUCUAAGAGAUGAAUGGAAAGUCCAGAAUGACUUAUUGUAUUUGUAUGUUAUGCUUUGCUACCUGAAUAUGCACAGUAGCGUUGUAUCCUUGACAGGUGCAACAGUUGGUUGAUUUAUGUGUCCGUUUUGUGCAUAGCCACUCAUGAGGUCCAAUAUGAAUGUCAGAUCCAUCCACUUGAGGAGUGACGCACAGUAUGACGUGAGCAAUACCAAAAACAUAACCACUUGCAGUCAAUUUACAACCUGUUUUUAUUUAUUUUUUAAAUUAAUGUUAACGUGAAUGUUAAGACCGCAUGAAGCAAUACUGUACAAUAGAUCAAAUUAUAAAUGAACAACAGUGGUAGUAUUUGUUUUCCUCAUAAGACUGAUGUAGCAUAAAGAACAGCUUCAUUGACACAAUGGGGAAUAACCUUACGCAACGUUCUAAUCCAGAUAACGAAUACACAGAUGGAAAAUCAAGUGGAUUGGAAAUCCCUGUCCUCUAUGUACAUAACAUCUCUACCACUACUUGUUGGUCUCUGUAAGGCAACGUGGCCGGUUUUCAGCAACUCCCCAGAUCUGUCUGAGACGGUGACAUUGUGUAUAGAAAAAUGUUCAAAUGAAAGCCAAAGAAUGAUAACGGAACACGUUGCCACAGAAACUCAACCUCCUUCACCACUCCCAGUAGUCCGGGAAACACAAGACCUGAACCCUCCAAUCAAUCACCUCCAUAACACUGUCGUAUCCGUGACAUACAGGGAAAGGUCUCAAAAUCAGACUUUGGUUUUGCUAUUGUUGAUUCAGUGAAAGGUAACCUUGCCUGUGACCUGAACUUGUCAGCUGCCUAGGCUUUAGCUCAGAGGGCGAACACAAUAUUGUGGCUUGCAGAAGACCGGAGUUUGAACCCCUGUAGGUCAUAUGGACAGAUGGUUCAAGUCAGGUGUCACCAAUAGUUGCAGACCAGUCUAAAGUUCCAACUAAAGACAGUUCUGAAUGUAUUGCUAAACACGGAUGUCCUUUUCUGUUCAUAUUUUAGGGCAUAGUUGAUGUGCAGAUGUGCGAUUGCUCCUGACAUUGGAAUAUAUACACAUUUAUUUUAAUAAACAAGGUUAAAUAAAUCAAAGCUA